AUGCUGUGUCAGGCACUUCGUAGACUUGGUCAAAAACUGGUGCACAGACAUAAGCUGGAGAAACCGGUGGCUGAGAAUGACCAAGAGAGAACACUGAACACUCUGGAUUUAGUGGCCCUGGGUGUGGGCUGCACAUUGGGUGUAGGUGUGUAUGUCCUGUCUGGUAAGGUGGUCAGCAAAGAAGCAGGACCAGCUUUUGUGAUUUGCGUUUUGGUGGCUGGCCUAUCUUCCGUGUUGGCUGGGCUGUGCUAUGCAGAGAUCAGUGCCCACAUUCCCCGUUCUGGCUCAGCAUAUCUCUACAGCUAUGUCACUAUAGGUGAACUCUGGGCCUUCAUCUGUGGCUGGAACCUCAUCCUCUACCUUGUUGUUGAGGAAGCCAUUGUGCUCAGCACAUGGGUCUUAACUUUUGACCACCUGCGUGGGAACCGGAUCUCUCAGGCUGUGCAAGAGAGCAUCUCAGCACAUGUUCCCCGUGUCCUUACAGAAUAUCUAGAAUUCUUUGUUCUUGGUUUUGUGUUGUUGUUCAUGGAAUUCAGGAAUAUUUGGUAUUUCGAGUCAUUUUCGACUUCCACACCUGCCAAAGUUGUCACAUUGGUGAAACUUUUGGUUCUCAGUUUUGUCAUCAUCUGUGGCUUCAUUAAGGGGGACCUGCACAACUGGAAGCUCACAGAAGAGGACUACAUAAAGGCUGGACUCAAUGACACAUCUAUAUUGGGCCUUCUGGGCUCUGGAGGAUUUGUGCCUUUUGGCUUUGAGGGGAUUCUCCGUGGAGCUGCUACCUGUUUCUAUGCAUUUAUUGGCUUUGACUAUAUUGUUAAAAAUGAAAAAGCCCAGAAUCCCCGGCAUUCCAUUCCCAUGGGCAUUUUUAUUUCAUUGUUCAUCUGCUUUUUGGUGUAUUUUGGUGUCUCGUUAACACUUACACUUAUGGUACCUUACUACCAGCUCCAACCUGGGAGCAUCUUGCCUGAGGCAUUUCUCCAUAUUGGCUGGGUCCUUGCCUACUAUAUUGUAACUUUUAUAUUUCUGUGCAUUCUUUCUGAAAACCUUUUACGCUUUGUGAGACCAAUACGUCGGGCAUUAUACAAGAUGGCAAAGGAUGGCCUCCUGUUCCCUUUCUUUAUCCAUAUUUCUUACUUCCAAUACAUUGUUAUCACAAUCACUGUGAUUCUUGGACCUAUUGUAGUCAUUGUUUUCUUCUUUGGAUUAACUGAUCUCUUGGAUCUAAGUGCAGUUGGGUCCCUGAUUUCUCACUCUCUGGUUGCUCUUUGUGUUCUCAUCCUCAGGUAUCAGCCUGAGGUGAAGAAAUGUGGAAAUGGAGCAGAGGUGCAGGAGGAGAAUGGUCCUGCAGCAGAGAAGCUGACUCUACAGGGACUACUUUUUCCAGGCAGCUCCUCCCCCACUCUACUCUCUGGCAGGAUUGUCUAUGUGUGCUCCUUACUGCUUGCUCUGCUGAUCAUUUUUCUUUGCCUGGCGCUGACCCAGUGGCCAGCUCUGCUUUCUAGAGACCCAGUGUGUAUUUCAGUGGUUAUGGUGCUCCUGGUCCUCAUCGCUGGGCUCACUGGUGUCAUCUGGAGACAGCCACAGAGCUCUACCCUCUUUAAGUUUAAGGUCCCUGCUCUGCCUCUCCUCCCACUACUGAGCAUCUUCGUGAAUGUUUGUCUUAUGAUGCAGAUGACAGCUGCCACCUGGGUGGCAUUUGGUGUUUGGAUGCUGAUUGGUUUUGUUAUCUAUUUUGCCUAUGGGAUCCAGCAGAGCUGGGUCACUAACCCCACUUAA